CCCUUUUCGUCAUCUUCUCACAUAAUCGAUAUUACUAGGACACAAUUCGUCUUAGAUCCAAUUCUAUCCUAUUUCCUCUGAAUUGUCUGCCCUGGUAUUGAACCCUAACCCCAAAAUCCGAAUUCCCAAUCCUCUGUUUCUCAAAUGGCCAGUGAAGAUCCAACUGUAGACGUCGAGGCCAAUCCUGAACCGGCCAUUACUGAACCAACCGAAGAAGCUCCGGCGACCAAGACUGGUAAGACCAAGAAGACAAAGGAAUCCAAAGCAAAAAAACCCGCUGCUCCUAAGAAAUCCCGAGCCCGUAGUACCCAUCCUCCAUAUGAAGAGAUGAUCAAGGAUGCUAUUGUGACUUUGAAGGAGAAGACUGGUUCUAGUCAGUAUGCAAUUACUAAGUUCAUUGAAGAGAAGCAUAAGCAGCUGCCGCCAAAUUUCAAGAAAUUGCUUCUAUUUCACUUGAAGAAGCUUGUAGCUGCCGGCAAGAUUGUGAAGGUGAAAGGAUCUUUCAAGCUUCCUCCAGUGAAAUCAUCGGCACCUAAGCCAGCUGCUCCACCUCCGUCAAAAUCUAAGAAGAAACCUGCUGCCAAAGCAUCCACCAAAACCAAGGCCAAGGCCAAGCCUAAGGCUGCGGCAGCUAAACCAAAGGAAGCCAAGUCAACUAAGGCAGCUGCCAGUGCUCCUGCGAAGAAGAAGGCAGCUGCAGCUGUUGCUGCUACUAAGACUAAGGCAAAGCCUAAGGCAGCUGCUAAACCUAAAGCUGCUGCUAAGCCAAAAGCUGCGCCUGCUAAGUCUAAGCCUGCUGCAAAACCUAAGGCAACUCCGACUAGACCUAAGCCUAAAGAGCGACCUGCCAAGGCAUCCAGGACUUCGACUAGGACAACUCCGGGAAAGAAAGUGGCGGCAGCUCCCAAAGCGGCGCCGAAAAAGGCUCCUGCUGCAAAGAAGGUCCCGGCUAAAAGUGCGAAGCCGAAGAGCGUGAAGUCACCGGCGAAGAAGGCCACAACUAGAAGAGGAAGGAAGUGAUCGCGAUAGAGGCAUAGGAGAAUGUGUUCGUAGGGGUAAUUUUGUAAAUUAGGUGGCUUUGGGAUGUAUUUGGGUCCAUGUAUCAUGUAAGCCCAUAGCUUAAAGAAAAACAGAAAAAAAGACAUCGGAUCUUAAUUUUUUAAUUUCUUUAGUUUUUUUUUUUUUUUACCUUGUUUAGGAUUUAAAACAGCAUCAGAUGUAAGCAUCAGUUGGAUGAAUUUAAGAGAGUAAUUUUCCUUGCAAA